CCUAAAAAUGAUUUAGCUCCGACAAGCACUACCAAACGUAGCAGCCUUAGACCUCAAAAAGUUAUCACCUGGAAAUUAUUGAAGGCCAAAAGUCUCUCCUCUUUCAAGCUCUCCGCCCAAUCCUCUCCCUCCUCGUUCAGAGAGAGCUCCACUCAGCUUCCAUCAAUGGCGUCAGUUCUCAACACAGUUCCCUCCCUACGACUAUCCAACAUCAACACCUCACGAGUUCGGCCUCGCCCCAUCGCUACGCCGCUUUCCGUUUCAUUCACCAGUGAGUUAGUUAGCUCACUUAUUGCCCCGUUUGGUUGCCGAGAAAAUUCAAAUGUUGUUAGAAAAACAAAAAGAACUAAGCUUCAAGUCAAAAAAAAAAAAGAGGAGUUAUUUUCAAGAGCCGUUUAUUUCUCCUUUUGGUCUCAGGGAAAAAUUCAACUUCUUGGGAGGAGACUUACGAUUAGGGCAGCAGAGACCGAUGCGGAUAAAGCAGUGAAAUCUAAGGCGCCGGCCGGCAAUGGGUCGAGCUUCAACCAGCUUCUUGGGAUUAAAGGAGCUGCUCAAGAAACUAAUAAAUGGAAGAUUCGUCUUCAGCUGACAAAGCCUGUCACUUGGCCGCCGUUGAUUUGGGGAGUAGUUUGUGGAGCUGCUGCUUCUGGAAAUUUUCACUGGACUCCUGAGGACGUUGCCAAAUCAAUUGUUUGUAUGAUGAUGUCUGGUCCAUUUCUCACGGGAUAUACACAGACAAUCAAUGAUUGGUAUGACCGAGAGAUUGAUGCCAUCAAUGAACCCUAUCGUCCAAUUCCUUCAGGGGCAAUAUCCGAGAAUGAGGUUAUUACGCAAAUCUGGGUUCUACUUCUAGGAGGCAUUGGCUUGGCUGGUCUGUUAGAUGUUUGGGCAGGACAUGACUUCCCUAUAGUUUUUUACCUUGCUUUGGGUGGAUCCCUGCUGUCUUAUAUAUACUCUGCACCACCUUUAAAGCUGAAACAAAAUGGAUGGAUUGGAAAUUUUGCCCUUGGAGCUAGUUAUAUCAGUUUGCCUUGGUGGGCUGGUCAAGCUUUAUUUGGGACCCUUACACCUGAUAUAGUUGUUCUCACGCUCUUGUACAGUAUAGCUGGGUUGGGUAUCGCCAUUGUCAAUGACUUUAAAAGUGUUGAAGGAGAUAGAGCACUGGGACUUCAGUCGCUCCCUGUAGCUUUUGGUGCAGAAACUGCUAAAUGGAUUUGCGUUGGUGCAAUUGACAUAACUCAAUUAUCUGUGGCUGGUUAUCUGCUUGGGGCUGGAAAACCCUUAUAUGCCUUGGCUCUCCUUGCGUUAAUAGCGCCGCAAGUAUUUUUUCAGUUCAAGUACUUUCUUAAAGACCCUGUUAAGUACGAUGUCAAAUAUCAGGCUAGUGCACAGCCAUUUCUCGUGCUUGGUCUAUUAGUGACUGCUUUAGCAACCAGCCAUUGAGAUUUUGGGUUGCAAUUACUCGGUGGCCUUUGGAGGAGAGACGCGACACAAUGGCAGAGGAAGCUUUAGAGCUGGUGCAAAAUAACUACUGCUAAAACAUGUUGUACUCUCUCUCUCUCUCUCCUCUUUUGGGGAAAUUUUGUUCGUUCCUAUUUGAGGAUUUUCUUUUUUCUGUUUGUAUCUGAACCUUAAACAUAUGUACCUGUUGUAAAUUAGGAAACAAUUUGCUUACUGAUUACCCACCUUGAAUUUUUCACCCUAGUUUUUUACAAGACGCCAUGGCCUUUUAUUCUA